UCCUGGUGGUGCCAGAAAUUUGGGGAGAUUUUAUUUGCAUGUUGGAGAUCCACCCACCUGAGACACUGAGCUAUGAGGUACGCACACUAAAUGACUCUGGGCAGUAUUGGAAAGGCAAACCAAGAGUAAGCAACCCAAUCCAUCUUCACGGAUAACAUGUGUGGCCUGAAAAGCCCAAGAUAGAUAGCUAAUCAAUCCAACCACUGACCAACAAAAAUGAGGUCCUCCAUCCUUCGAUAUGCAGCAGAACCAGUGUAUGUGUUUCAUACUUCCCCAAAGAACAACUGCGCUGACUCCAAGAGGCCCCGUCCCCUUCGUCCACCUCCGGAGCCACCAACGAGCAUCUACGUCAAUGCCAUUAAUACCAAAAUAGUCGUCUAUGAAUGUGAUCGAACAUCAAUGACAAACACACCUACAAAGCUUGAAGGUGUCAAUGGAAAAGUACUUCGUCCUGGCCAUCCCCCUCCACCCCCUCCACGCAACUUUAAUAUCAGGCAAACUUCAGCUCAACAGGAAUCCGAAAGGUGGAAAUGCUCCCAACCCAGAUUGGAAAAUAUUACGCCACCAGAUGAGCCCCUAUACACGCAAAUUGAGGAGGAAGCAUACCUGGAAAUUCUGCCAGAAAAUGAUGUCAUGGCGCAGGCGGCAUUGAAACCUCAAAUAACAACACGCAGGCAAAAUGUCUUCAACCUCAACUCUUCUCAAAACACACGUAACCAGGAUAGCCACGAUCUGGUUGAAUGGAUGCGAACAAUAUCAAAGACAACACAUGUGACUCCGUCUUUGUGUGAACUCAGUAACGAGGAUCAAAUAAGGGUCUUCAAUCAGAGAGCUUUGAACACGAAGCAGGUUCUUCAUCUCUUCAACAUUCUCAUGACACGCCGCAGUCAACGUCUGCAAUCCUAUAUUUCAAAUUUCCAUUCUUUCUCUGAGCUUCUGGACAAAGAGAAGAAAAUGGUCAAAACUAUGGGCAUUGCUGGAGGCACCACAGGUGCGGUGGGAGGAGUGGCUGCGGUGUUUGGAAUAGCCUUGGCACCCUUUACCAUGGGCGCCUCGUUGGCCGUUACAGCUGUUGGCGUUGGCAUGGUGGGGGCAGCAGGAGGAAUGGGUGCCCGUGCUUCCAAGGCCACCAAGAAGGUUGGAGACAGAAACACCAUCGAGAAUCUGGUCCGUAAUUACAUGUUAGAUGUUGCUGACAUAGAACAGUGUCUGAAAUUUAUUCUCUGUGAAAUAACGGAGGUGCAAAGGCACAAUCUUGAGAGGUUAAAGCAGGCUGGAGCUCUGCCUGAUGCUUUGACAGUUGCUCAUAAAUUACAGUCAGUAAUAAACAACAUCAAUAAUGGUAAAAAUAAUGUGUACACAAGCGGACUGUCUUCUGGGAGUCUCUUAUGUGCCUUUGCUGCAGAAAUGGAUCAGUAUUUUAAGGAAAAAGGUGGGCAACAACGCUUAAGGAAGUCCACGAAGAGCAGACUCUCGGGGAGAUUUCAAUUGCUGGCUCGAAAUCUUCAGGAGGAGCUUGACUAUUUGAAUUUUGUAUGGCAAUUUUUGUAGCAAAAGAAAAAGACAUUACAGUCACUCUAGACUGUUGGCAUUUUUGUUUUGUACCUCAUUUGAUUUUUAUAUUGCAUAAGCUGUGAAAAUAUAUCAUUAAAAACUAAAAUCAGU